UGGAGGAAGACACAGAGGAGAGCUCAAGAUCUGGUAGAGAAUCUGUGUCCACAGCAAGUGACCAGCCAUCCCACUCGUUGGAAAGACAGAUGAAUGGAAGCCAAGAUAAAGGCGACAGAAAAAAGUCUGGAAAGGAAAAGAAGAAAGAUCGGGAUAAAGAGAAGGAUAAAAUUAAGGCAAAGAAAGGAAUGCUGAAAGGCUUAGGGGACAUGUUCAGGUUUGGCAAACAUCGCAAAGAUGACAAGAGUGAGAAAACUGGUAAAAUAAAAGUGCAGGAAGCUCUUACUUCAGAAGAGGAGAGAAUACGAAUGAAGCAAGAACAGGAGAGAAUUCAAGCAAAAACUCGAGAAUUUCGAGAGAGACAAGCUCGUGAACGUGACUAUGCAGAGAUACAGGACUUUAACCGGACGUUUGGCUGUGAUGUGGACCCAAUGUACGCUGGGAUUGCUUCCUAUGACUCUUCUUCAAAUAGCGGCACGAUAAUGCUGAACACCCGACCACAGAGCCCAAGGGAAGGGCAGACAGUGGAAGCCUUGUAUGCCCAAGUAAAGAAACCACGGAAUUCAAAGUCUUCACCUGUAGACAGCAACAGAUCGACCCCUAACAAUCAUGACCGGAUACAGCGCCUGAGACAAGAGUUUCAGCAAGCAAAGCAAGAUGAGGACGUGGAAGACAGGAGACGUACUUACAGUUUUGAGCAGCCAUGGCCAAGCACCAAGACAUACUCACAGAGUGGCAGACACUCAGUAUCAGUAGAGGUUCAAAUGCAGCGGCAGCGGCAAGAAGAAAGAGAGAGUUUCCAACAAGCUCAGCGUCAGUACAGCUCAUUACCCAGGCAAAGCAGAAAAAAUGCCAGUUCUGUAUCUCAAGACUCCUGGGAGCAGAGCUAUUCCCCUGGAGAAGGAUUCCAGACUGCAAAGGAAAAUCCCAGAUAUUCCAGCUAUCAGGGAUCAAGGAAUGGCUAUAUGGGGGGACAUGGCUUCAAUGCCAGAGUAAUGCUAGAAACACAAGAACUGCUACGUCAAGAGCAGAGGCGGAAAGAACAACAACUGAAAAAAAAAACUUCUUCUGAAGGGCCUAGCAACUAUGACUCUUAUAAGAAAAUUCAGGACCCUAAUUAUACCCCUCCUAAAGGUCCUUUCAGGCAAGAUGUACCACCUUCACCGUCUCAGGUAGCGAGGCUGAACAGAUUGCAAACACCAGAAAAGGGAAGACCAUUUUAUUCUUGAGGUGAAGAAAAUGAAGAUCAACUUAUGCAAUAAGGGACAUUUUCAUACAAAGACUUAUAUUUUGAAAACUUUUUAAACUGAUGGUACUAAGGAAUAUAUCCGUUGUCUGUUUCAGUGCCUUUAAAAACACAGGCAAA